AUGUCCCUAUCCGACCUGGCCGAGCCCUCUUCCUCCUCCUCCUCCUCCUCCUCGUCUUCCUCUUCUCAAACCUCGGUCCAACCCACUCCCACUCGGAUAUCCCUCACCGUCCCCACCUCCCUUCUCAUCUUACCACCCACAGCAGCGUUAAUAGGACUGUCUAUAGGUCUAGUCAGAGGGGGUAACAGGUCGAGGCUGAGAUUCUUAGCUGAGAACGCUCAUAGACAACCUAAAACAGUACAGGGAUGGUACUUCUACACGAAAACCCGUAAUUACCGAGUAUUCUUCGGUGCCGUCAAAACAGGUUCCAAAUAUGCCCUCGGCCUUGGAGGGGCAACAGCGACCUAUGUAUUACUAGAUGAGAGCAUAGGGUAUGUACGAGAAAGUGUAUUUGGACCGAAGGGUGUACAGGAUCCUACGCCCGGUGGGAGGGGGUUAUUGGAGGAUAAAGAGAGGAAAGAAAGAGUUAGCUGGAGGAAGGGUGGGGUGGGUUGGGAAGAUGGGGGUAUUGCUGGGGGUCUGAUGGGUCUUGGUGUAGGUGUUGGAUACCGCUUACCCCGUCCACUCUUCGUUCGAUCUAUUAUAAUGGGAACUUUACUCGGAGCAUUGACGUCGACGAUGCAAGUCGCUCAAGCGCAUAUAGGUAAAAUGAGAGAACAGGAGGAAUUGAAAGUCGCUAGAACAGAACCCAAGGCAGUAGCUAUAACAACGGAAGAAGUGAUACCGACGUUCAAUAAGACUAUAGGGGACCAGUCGAUGGUGAUAGAUCCUCAGAGGGAAGCUAUGCCCGUUGAUCAGAUACCGAUAGAUGAUGACGAGGGUAAAAGUUGGUUUGGUAAAUUACGGAGUAAAAUUGGUAUUUAA